ACGUGGGGAAUUUUAAAUAUGGAGGCAACCAGUUCAGUAAAAGAAAGAGAACACCUGUACAGACUGAUAGUUAGUCAGUUACGUUAUGAUGGCUACGAAUCUGCUGCUUCUAAUUUAGCUCGUAACUUCAGUGCCUACCCUCCCUGCGCCCCAUCAUCCCGUCUCUCUCAUCUUGUAAGACUAGGAAACCAAAUGGAGGGAGAAGCCAGUAAGCCGGAUCACAGUGACGUAUUGUCACACAUUAGUGGGCGGGGCAUCAUGGACUUGGAAUUUGAGAGUGACGAGAAGAUUAUGUCUCCUCCAGCCCAUAGACACGAGUUAGGAUACGUAACGUCACAUAAAGGACCUGUCCUCUGUUCUAAUUUUAGCCACGACGGUAGACUGGUAGCAACAGGCUCUGCCGAUAUGUCCAUUAGGAUACUAGACGUUGAUCGAAUGGCCACUAAAAGUACCGUCGGCCAGCAAGACCCCCACCCUGUCAUUAGAACCCUCUACGAUCACUCAGACGCUAUUCUCUCUCUCUCGUUUCAUCCGACCGUAUCAGUACUUGCCUCAGGGAGUCGAGAUAAUUUUAUAAAGUUUUUCGAUUAUUCGAAACCCUCGGUCAAGAGAGCUUAUAGGUCUGUGAUUGAAGUGGCUAGCGUAAGGUGCUUAACUUUUCAUCCGUCAGGGGAUUAUAUAUUAGUGGGGACUGAGCAAAGCACAUGUGAGAGAAAUAAA